AAGAAGGGCCGAGCUUGCCAAGAAGCAGGCCUGACUGGCGACGGAAUGAUCUCGUUUCAGCGUGAGAAGCGCCUGGAAUUUCUGAAUCCAUGAACUUGGGUCCGCUGGGAGUCGGCCCGGUGGGGUGAUUGAUUGUUCUCUCGCUCUUUCACGAACCACCAUCACUUUCUGCUGCCACAGUCCUACUGACCUCGACGAACAACUGUUGCUACUCUGUUUUGAUGCCAAUCAUCCUGGUCGUACCAUCUUUUGCUCUUUUGAUGAAUGUGAAGCCACGAAAGAUUAACAUUAGCUUCUUCUACGUGAUAUGCAACUGCGAGCCCAGCAGCCGAAACUGCUCUGUCGUAUGAUAGGAGAAGCAGAUACUGACAACCCCGCGUGACCUGUUCGACGAAUUGUCUCAAAGACCAACUGGGUUUUUGCUUUUGCUGCUUCUUUUCCUCGUAUUCACCCUUUUGGCUGCUAUUCUUUUGCAGGGUUUGAUGCUUCUGUGAGUAAUUCACUCAGCCGGUCGUGUUCAAUUCGGCGGGAUAUAAUUUCGUCAACCCUGGGCUGGAUUAUGGCUCUUUUGAAAUUUCCAGUGAUACAGUUGGGAAAGCCUGUUGUCUUUGGACCCAAUUCGAAAUCUUUUAUUCUCCCACCAAGGGAAGAAACAAGGCUGCUGGUGAAGCCACUGGUGAUCCAAGCUAAGGGGAACGCCCGAAUUGAAAGUCCGAAGAUCCGAAACAGGAGAAUGCAAAGGAAGUUUACCGGCACCCCUACAAGACCAAGGCUUUCAGUAUUCUGUUCAGAUAAGCAGUUAUAUGCCAUGCUGGUAGAUGACCAAAACCGAAAGUGUUUGUUUUAUGGAAGCACUCUUCAGAAGUCCAUUCGGGAUAAUCCCCCAUGUACAACCGUUGAAGCAUCUCGACGUGUUGGUGAAGAGCUUAUCAAGGUUUGUAUUGACUUGGACAUUAGUGAGAUAUCAACAUACGAUCGGAAUGGUUUUGCUCGUGGGGAGAGGAUCCAAGCCUUUGAAAUAGCAAUUGCUCAUCAUGGUUUCUUGCCUCGCUAGAUUUGCCUCGGUUCAUAAUGCUUCCUUGAAGGUGUCGAGUGUCAUGGGUAUCGUGAAAGAGUGUUUUGUGACGUAUAUAUGGAGUCGCAAAUAAAACAGCAGAUCAGCAAGUGAACUUUGGGAUCUAUACUAGGAAAAAUGCCGAGCUUCUCACUCAUUCUCCUCUGUGGCUAUCUGCAUCAUCAUUAGGGAUGAAGUAGGUAAUUUUUAGUGUGAUCUUCGUGUUUUGUAAUUUCUCGGCUGUUCAUUACAGAAAGGGAAAAACAAGGUUUGGCAAGAUGUGUCUUCCUGAUUUUGUUGCCAUUGAUAAGGGAGGUGGUAAUUUGAUGAUAUUGGGUUAGAUGGGGACGUGACAAUUUCAUUGCAGGAUGUACAUGUAAAGUCUGCACAUAUGUACAACAUGUAUAUAUCCUCUCGAAGGGAAACUGGAAUUUAUUAUCGAUCAGACUCAUUUCAAAUGAA